AUGUCAGCCUCAUCCUCCGCGGCCUCGAGCACUCUCACGCGAUCCCGAAUUGCAGUGUUUGGAAUAGUGGCCGUCGCGGCUACUACGGUGGCACUCUUCUACUAUAGAAGUUCAGUCCAUGAUUCUUCUCAAAGCUCUACGCUUCACCGAAGUAAUGCAGUCCACCGACGACGGAGGCGAGCCACCACGAAUGAGAACACUCCUGGGCUGGACGGCCGUAGCAGCUUGUUAGAUGACGCAGCUCAGAACAACGCCGAAGGCCAGCCGGUAGCGAGGGCCCUGGCGGACGGAGAAACGGUGGUGGAUGACACGUUGUUCGAGGACGAGUACAGCUGGUCAAAUCUUCCGCCUACAUAUCAGCGCAACGGGCAGAACAUAGUCCAGCUUCUAUUUCGGGUUUCGGAGGACGCUACGAGACGGAAUGCAUAUGUUCAUCGGGGAUGCGGCUGCAACAGCUGUAAUAUGCUGCCCAUUAGAGGCAUUCGCUACCGCUGUGCGAAUUGCGCCGACUACGACCUCUGCGAAGGCUGCGAAGCCCAAGGACUACACAACAAGACACACAUCUUCUACAAGAUUAGAGUUCCGGCAUUUUCAUUCGGUCCGAAGCACAUACAACCGGUAUAUUACUCUGGUGACCCUGAAUCUGUGAUGAGACAGCUACCGAGGGAGAUUACCAUCAGGCUGUCUCGAGAAACGGGAUUUGAAAAACCGGAACUAGACGCAUAUUGGGAGCAAUGGACAUUCAUGGCAAAUACGGAUUGGAGAGAGGACCCGUACGAGAUCGGUCUCGCGAUGGAUCGGAGGACUUUCGAGCAGUGCCUGGUUCCUACAGGCGGGUACAGACAGUCGGCUCCCAGCCUGAUCUUCGACCGAAUGUUCGCCUUUUACGACACGAAUAAGGAUGAUCUCAUCAGUUUUCCUGAAUUCCUCCAUGGGAUUGCUUAUCGAAAGAAGAAAGACAAAUGGAAGAGAAUCUUCGAUAGCUAUGACAUUGACGGUGAUGGCUACGUUGAUAGGAAGGACUUCUUGCGAAUAUUCCGAUCUUACUAUGUGCUGCACCGAAAGAUACACGGCGUCAUGAUUGAGACAGCAGAAGAGGCACAGAUGCACAGUACGGAAGCCCGUCGCUUGAUCAGUAGCCGGCAACCUCUCAGCAGUGCUUUUGGCCUGGAUGGUCGUUUCCCUCGAGCCCCUGAUCCACGAACCGGAGAAGGCAAGACGGUGCGCUCGGGCGGAGAUCAGGAAAUAACAGAUGGCAAGGGUAUAAUGACCGAGAGCAGCAACGAUACGGGUAAUCGAGAAGAAUUAUUCAAGAGGGAUGUGCCACCAUCGCGGAGGAACCGAAGGGCUCGACCAAGAACGACAUCCAGCGCCGUGUAUUGGGAAGCGCUGGUGGACCCGCCACAAACUGUAGAGCAAUUGCCCGAUGUUCUCGCAAAUCUCCAGCGGGAACAAUUCAGGCAUCGUCUAGGAGAGAUUCGCCAGGAAGAGCCUAACGUCGACAUAGGUACGCCGGCGCCAUUUAUGUCACAACUCAUGGAGCAACCUGACACACCAGAGGCGAAUGUUGUAGAAAUGGAUACUGACGAUUCCGAGGACGAGUGGUUGAAACCGGAAUCUGAUUAUGCGUGGCCUCCGGCAACUAUUACGCUUACGGCCGAAGAUCUGGAGGCUAUUGACGGACCAGGAACUACAGUGGAUUCUCUGCGGAGAGAGAGCAGACGGGCAGUUAUUCAGCAUGCACUCUUUCGCAAACAGGCUCAAGUGGAGGUGCGUGAGAGGUGGCAGAGGAGGCAUUUCUAUACGGACGAAGAGGAAGGCGCAGAACCUCCAGCUGACUGGAAUGAGGACGACGAUAUCCUAGCUCAGGAUGACAUGGUGGGAGAGAGCUCCAAAGGCCCUUCAAGACGGCCGAAAAUCCGUUCUAGAUCUUCUUCCAAGGUACGCUUUGCUGAAGAUAUGGAUGAUUUUGACACUCGCUCAAAUCCGUCCACAUCUUCACGAAGUGUCCCUGAAAGAUGGGGGGGUAUUGAGAUUCCAGGCGCCGAAAGAGAUGCUGGGAAGGAGAUCCUGUAUCAAGUCACACAACAAGCCUUCAACGAACUGCUUGAUCCGUUAUUCAAGGACAGGGAAGACUUGGCUAUAGAGGCAGCAAAGUUCAGGUCAGCGAGGGAAAGGUGGCGCCUCCUGUACAGCACGGACGAAUUCAACACGUGGGCUCUUGCAAGAGAAGCUGAAGAUAGCAAAGCCAAGGCAGAAUCUCCACGGUCCACCCAAGCUUUCACAUCAAACCCGAUGUGGCCGCAGUUCCCGGAAGUUGAGAUUGAGGAAAUCCGAGAGCGACCUCUCGAAGACUUAUUAGCAGCUUCGGGAUACCAAGUCGACUCCUCCCUUACGGAGACCCCAGCCGCGGUGUCUGAAGCACAGGUCAGGGCCCAAGCUGUGCGUAUCGUGGGCGAACAGCUCAGGGCCCACGUGAGCGAACUCACAGCUGCUUCCAUUCGGAGGCAACGACGAAUCGCCGCCGGUCUUCCCGGGUCUCCUGACCGGUCGGGGUCCGAUCCAGGGCGGUCGAUUCGAAACUCAGCCCCUUCGAGUGAAGUCGUGUCGAUUGUUGCAGAAUAUGGUGAUGGACAGGGUCUAUCGACCGCUCCGUCUACCACUCAAUCCCCGCCACCUCAGACGACCUCACCUCGCUCAGACGCUGGCACCUAUCGCGACCCGACCCUGCCCCAGUUCCGGCCCGACGCCGACGUUCCCGUCAGCUCUAUGCAAGACCUAGAGGCAGACCCAACCUCCAAUCUCACCCCUCUAGGUGCCGCAGACGUCUCCACCCGCGACGGCGACUUCGAUGCUGGGGGGGCUCUCCAAGACUCGGCCCCAGAAGCCAGACGGGAAGGCCCCAAGGCGCGGAGGAAACCGAAGAGAGAGGCGCUGUUCGAGCUGUGGAAGCUGGAGAAGGCCAGCACGGAGGCAGAGGAGAGGGGCGGAUGGGGCAAGUUGAACUUUGAAGAGUUUGAGAGGAAGGUCAAGGGGAUGGUUGCGGAAGGGAAGGGGAGCCAGAUGGAUUACCUGGGAAGCUGGAUUGAGUUUUGUAUUCCAUGA